AUGGUUGAAGGACAUCACAUGGGUCCCAGAUAUGCAAUGGGCCCAGAUCCCAACCAGCAGCAGCCUCCACACCAGCAGCAUCCCUACAUGGGUCCAACUCAUGGCCCGUCUCUGGGCCCACGUCCCAUGGCGCUGCAGCCUGGACCUCCUCCUGAAGCCAGCAUGUACCCAUCCCACCAACAUCCAGAGGGCUACAGUAUGCACCCCAUGGGAAACAGAUUAUCAGGACCAGAUCGACCACCUCAGCACAACUACCCAGGCUUGAGGCACCCUGGUAUUGGCCUGUCCAACAUGUGGACUGGUAUGAAUCACCAGGAGAGACCAACUGGGAUUCGCAUGCAAGAUCCCAACAUGGUGAACCAGCGCAACUUUAGUUAUGGUGGAGUCCCACCUCCAGUAGGGCAUAAACCAUGGCCAGAAGCUGCUGGUUACCCCCACCCUCCUCCCAAUGCCCAGUAUCAAAUGUCUGCAGGGGUCAGCUCCCAGGGGCUCAUAUCCUCACGUCCCCCUGUUCCUCACCCAGACUCCUCUGGCAGGACACGCUUGGCUUCCAUGCUGGAAAGCCCAGAGAUGCUGGCCCUGCAGCAGCUGUCAGCCUCUUCUGGACCCCCUGCUGGUGCCCCUCAUCAGCACAUUGGUAACUUUCAGCAGCCUGGGCCCCCAUCAGGAAUUGGCAGCAUCCCAGCUCACCCCUCUCAGCAGCCUCCCCCUGCCCCUGAGCUUCAGCUGCUGCGUCCUGCUAGAGACAAUGGGCCAGACAGCCAGCCUUCCCUACAGACAGACAUGCAGCCCAAAGGCACAAGAUCAACAAAAAACAACAAUAUUGCUGCCGAAAACAUUUCUGAUGAAGCUUCAACACACAAAAACACUGUUUCCAUUAAUCAAGAGCACCCAUCAGGACACCACAGUGGGGCAGCAGAAGAAAUGCAGAGCCCCCCACCCUCUAACUUGGGCAGAACACAGGAGAAUCGGUCUGGACCAGGGCUCCCACAGAGUUCAAAAGAGACCCAGAAGCGGGAGGUAGAUGGCCAGAGACAAUCUGCCAGCCACUGUCCUCCUCAACACAGUAGUGCCACUACUGUUUCAUCCCAUCUCAACACAA